AUGUCUCUCUCUCUUUCCCUCUCUCUAUAUCUCCACUGUACAUUUCUUCUUAUUUUCUUACUGUUAACACCUCCCAUUUGUUGUAUCAUUCUCGCCUUUUCUUUAUCCCUCUCUUUCAAAUGUAUAUUCCUUUCUUCCUCUUGCCACUUCUCAUUUUUUAUUCUCGUUCCCUACCUUGCAUUUCUCACCAUUCACUCUCCAUCUUUUUACUGUAUAUUUUGUCUUUUCUCCCUCUUGUCACUUUUCUUUUUUUUCUCACCCUUCACUCUCUUUCUCUCUAUUUUUAUUAUAUCUUUCUACUUUCACUUUUCAUAUUUUUAUUCUAUAUUUCUACUUUCACUUUCCAUUAAUCUUUAUUUCUUUCUCGCUGUCUGUCUUUUGUCUGUCUGUCGUCCAUUUUUCUUUCUCUGUAUCCAUUGUAUAUUUCUUCUUUUUAAAUCUUACUCUUUCCUUUCAUUGUCAUGCAUUUUUGCUUACUUCCUCUCUUUCUCCCUCCCUUUCGGACACUACAAUAUAUUUCUUUCUUUCUUUCUUUCUUUCUUUCUUUCUUUCUUUCUUUCUUUCUUUCUUUCUUUAUUAAUCCCUGCUAUUUCGUCUUCUCCUAAUUUUUCUGUCAUUUUCUCCCUGUGCCCACUUUUCAUUUAUCUUCUUGCUUUCUCUCACAAAUUUCACUUCCAUAAUAUAUUCAGGUAUCUCUCUCACUCUCUCUCCCACUCUCCCUCUAAUGAUCUCUCUUUCAUUCAACUACUUUCUCUUUAA